AUGGAAAUCAUUUUAGUUCUGUUUUCAUCUUCAUGUUCAUUUAUAUCACCUCAUCGUCAUUUCACCACAUCUUCAGUUAAUGAAACGACUUGCUCUAUAAUUAAUCCGGCACCAAAUACCUUGGAAUCAUCAAAAUCUUCACCACCCCCUGUAACAGAAAAACCCAUAAAAUCUAAUGACUCACCCUCAACAUCGCCAUCUGUUACUGCUUCAUUUCCUAAUAAACCUUCAUCUCCCUCCUCAGUUUCAACCUCAAACCACCCAUCCGACUCAAGCUCUGCCGGAGAUCCUAAAACUAAUACUGACAAAUGUUCUACAGGUUCCUUAGGUGAAACUGGUGUUAAACUUCCUAGCAAAGAUCAAGUUGAAAGUUUUUUCUUCAAGUCUUUGGUGUAUUUAUGGGAUUUCGCUUACUACGUUUUUUGCUUGUGCCGCAAACUAGUCGAAACAUACGUUUUUAAUAAUUCGACUGUGCAACAAUAUUGGAAACAAAUGCUUAAGCGUAUGGACGAUGCUCGAAAGGAAAUAAAAACGAAAUAA